AUGUUGGUCGCUGCCGUCGAGACGCAACAGUUGCCGAUAAGAGACCCCAAAGAGAGCAUAGACAUAUGCCUUGGCUUGUGGUCGGUCAAUCAGGCCAACCAACCAGUGACAACAACAAUAAUAACAGCAACGACAAUUGCAAUUUGCACAGUGGUGCAAGUUUCAUAUAUAAGUAGCAACGGAAGUUGGCACUUGGCAAAGGGAACAGUUGAGCUCGCACCACGGCACCACGAUAAGUCGUCCGGCUCCCUGACGUCAUCGACACUUGCAACUGGAGAAGUCAAAGUCAAAGCAGGAGACGAAGACGCAGGCGAAGGCAAAGGCGAAGGCAAAGGCGAAGGCAAAGGCGAAGGGGAAGGAGGAGGUGUCACACAUGCGCGCACAAUAAUAGCAAUAACAACAAUAAGCAGUCGAUAAGCUGAGCGGUGUCCAAAUCCACAUCUCAGUCUGAGUGCAAAUCAGAGUCCGAGUGC